UCCGCCCCCGCCCACUUGACGCGAUGACGCAUGGCAGGUUUGCGGACGUGGCGGCGGCGCAAGGCCCGGAAGGCGGAGACGUUGGCCGCGGCUGGGGAGGAGGACCACGGAGGCAGCUAGAAACUGGGGCUUGGUCAUGAACCUACCCGGGACGGCAGCGGUGGCGGACCUGGCAGCUGUUUCCUCGUCGCGUCCCCCUUGCUAACGGGACAGAUUUUGACAUUAUGGCAGGGAGGCAUCAGAAUCGUAGUUUUCCUCUUCCAGGAGUUCAUUCAAGUGGUCAAGUACACGCAUUUGGAAAUUGUACGGAGAGUGACAUGUUAGAGGAGGAUGCUGAAGUGUAUGAGCUUCGAUCCAGAGGAAAAGAGAAAAUCCGAAGAAGUACAUCAAGAGAUAGACUCGAUGACAUUAUAGUGUUAACAAAAGAUAUACAGGAAGGAGACACUUUAAAUGCCAUAGCCCUUCAGUACUGCUGUACGGUAGCAGAUAUCAAGAGAGUUAACAAUCUCAUCUGUGAUCAAGACUUUUUUGCCCUUAGGGCUAUCAAAAUUCCAGUAAAAAAGUUUAGUUCAUUGACUGAAACACUUUAUCCUCCGAAAGGAAGACAGGCUUCACGUCCUUCAUCUGUUCAAUACGUUCCAGAACAACAGGAAAUCCUGUCACAUAAUGAUUCUCUUUCUUCCAGUGAGUCAGCUGGUAGCUUUUUAAAAGAAGUAGAUCGAGACAUAGAACAAAUAGUAAAAUGUACAGACACCAAAAGAGAAAACCUUAACGAGGUGGUGUCUGCCUUAACAGCACAACAAGUACAUUUUGAACCGGAUAACAAAAACAUUCAACGUAAGGAUCCUUAUUAUGGAGCAGACUGGGGAAUAGGGUGGUGGACAGCGGUAGUGAUAAUGUUGAUAGUAGGCAUAAUAACGCCAGUAUUUUACUUGUUGUAUUAUGAAAUUUUAGCUAAAGUGGAUGUUAGUCACCAUUCAACAGUGGAUUCUUCACAUUUGCAUUCAGGAGUCACACCCCCAUCACAGCAGAGAGAAAUGGACAAUGAAAUUGCUCCAACUAAAGGAAUGCCCUUUGGUCGACAAGAUGAUUAUAAACUACAUGGUCAUGAUUCUCAGUCACCUGCUGCUCAACACAAAACAUAGCAUUAGCUCAUAACAAUGUUUGUCAUCACAGGUACAUCUGGAAUGUGGUGAAUCAAUUAUAUUCAAUAACCACUUCAGAGGCAGAAUUUAGGAAGUUUGAAGAUGCUUUUGUUUUUCACUUUUGAGCCAUCUACGAAUGGAUGGAGUAUAAAACCCCUGCAGUUGCUGGUUAUAUUGAGAGCAGUAAACCCAUAUAUCUGUUGUAACAAUGCUUAAAGCAGAAAUGAAUUUAAAUAUGUAUCUACUAAGAAGUUUUUAAGUUGGAAAAUCCAUCAUUUUUCUUAUUCAAGACUGGUUAUGUUUAAAUUUUAUUUUUUAACUAUUUUUGGUUUAAGGCUAUUAAUGUUAAUAAGCAGAAUAAUGAUAGCACCAGAUAUCUGCAACUGAAGAAAAUUUACUACUGUGAACCAUCAAAAUAGUUGCAAAAAGUUUGAUUCUAAAGUUAUUUAUGAUAGCACAUACUUAAUACUCCAUUUUGAAACUUUUUGAAAAUAAAUUUCGUACAUAUGCUAUGAAAACAUAAGUAGGAGCAGAAGUGGAAAAGUAAUGUAUAAAGUAUGUAAUAGAGACUAAGAUGUAGACUAAAUAUUAUUUUUAAAAGUCCUGAAAAUAAUGUGUAUGGUUGGAAGUUGCCAUUUAAUCACUAGAACACUGGAUUAGGUCAAGACCUAAAAGAAAUCUUUGUCUCUUAAAGAAGGCUGCCUCUGCUUCUGUUUUUUAAGUGAUUAUAUUCGCCUCUGAUAUUUGAAAGCACUUUUGUAAUUCUUGAUGAAAAGUGUUAUACAUGUACAGAUUAGCAUUAUUGAGACAGUAAUACUGUGAUAAGCUGUUAUGUUACACGUGGUAACAUGCCUUAAUUGCAUUUAAUGCCUUAUAUGUAAUCUCAGUUUUAGAAUUAAAGUUAGGAAUUAUUUCAAA